AUGGCCUCGCCCGGAUCCUCUGACAAUCAGGCGCCUUCAAACCCAUCUACUGUGUGGCAUCCAGCGCAGGAGUGGUUGGAAGACGAUGAGCAAGAUAUGGAUUACCACCCGGCACAAGAUACGGAUGACGACGAUGAGUGGGAGGACCACAUGGAUGAUGGAUCGGAAGACGACGGCGCGGGGAUAGAUGUUUCAGACGUUCCGGCUGCACGGUUAUUUGAAUUACUCGCGUCGAGCGGUCUCCAACACAUACUUCAGUCCAACGGAUGGCCCGGCCUAGCACAGGAUGAGGAAGACGAGGACGACGAUGAAGAUGAUUAUUACUUUAGUGCUUUUAGGAAUCGGCCCAGAACCAGGCGGAGGAGCGGGCCGGUUGAAUACCCUAAAGUGCCUAGCGAUGAGGGCACGGAGUUGAUGGGUGAAGGCCACUUUGGAUCCGAUCAGUAUUACAAACUGAUACCGGGCUCCGCCGCAGAUCGGAUCAUCCAUUACGACGCACGAAGUUACUCUGGACAGUUCUCGGACGACGGAAACUUCUUUUUUUGCUGUGCCCAAGAUUUCCGAGUUCGGAUAUGGACCAUCACAGACUCUACGUUGAGCCCUGAUAAUCGUUUUCUCGUGUACAGUUCAAUACGAAGCAAAGCCUACCUUGCCACAACAGAUCCGGAGGAUGAUUCGGACCCGAGUGUGCUGGACUUUUCCGCAGUACCAGGUCGGAGACGACAGCGGCAGGGCUGGGGUGGUCCUGACUUUGGGGUAUACGGCCGGGAGGUCGUCGCGGGAACAGAUGAGGAUUCGGUGAUUGUGUUUGAUCUCGAAACGAAACAGACAGUCCUGAAUCUCCGAGGUCGCCACCAGCACCAUGUCAACGCGGUCUGUUUCGGUGACUCUUCUUCUCCACAUAUCCUCUACUCUGGCUCAGAUGACACGACACUUCGGGUCUGGGACCGACGGUCCAUGGGCGAUGGGCGAGAAGCAGGAGUAUUCAUGGGCCAUACCGAGGGGCUGACCUACGUCGACAGCAAAGGCGAUGGCCGGUACGUUCUUUCGAACGGCAAAGACCAAACCAUGAAGUUGUGGGAUUUGCGAAAGAUGAUGACCACCGCCAAAUUUGAUACUAUUGAUCCCAAUAUCUAUACAACUGAUUUUGACUACCGCCAUGGCCCAUACCCCGACGACUGUUACCAGCCACACCCGCACGACUGCUCAGUGGUCACGUUCCGUGGCCAUCGCGUUCUCAAGACUCUGAUCCGCUGCCACUUCUCCCCUCCCGGAAGUACCAACUCUCGGUAUGUUUACAGCGGCAGCGAAGACGGCAAAGUAUACGUGUACAACCUGGACGCCACCCUGGCAGGUACGAUCGACGUGAGAUCUGCAACGCAAAACUCGCGGCCCCGUGAGCCAGAUCCCUUCUCCGCGGCGUAUGGGAUGGGCGGCGAGAUGAUGUGGCGGACCUGUGUCCGAGACGUUAGCUGGCACCCGAAUGCGCCAGUCCUGGCAGGUAAGUGA